CCUAGCAACCUUCACAUGCACUUUCUAGUGUCUAAUGAGUUUCUCUGCACAGAACUGACAGGUUUGAUAGCCUGUGUGCUGUCCAACUAUGGUAUGUACAUACAAACGUCAUAUGUCUAAAUAUGAUUAGUGUUUUGAGCCUGCUAUGUAAAUACAGUCUCUGGUGGUAGCUGUCAGCGUCAUCACUGUCUCUAGUCUGGGCUAUGCUAGGCUACAUCAGAAACUUCAGCAUUGUCAAUCUAAAGUGGCAGCUGCGCACAAAUAUCGGAAUAACACCUCUGCUAUUCUACAUUUACGAGUAGUUGGCUGUUUUUUUUGUAAAACAAAAUAGAUAUCGUUCGGAUGCAAAAAGCUGGUGAUUCUGCUGCUUUUUUGCUUUUGCCCUUGGAUUUUCCCAGUCGCUCAGAGUUCUUCCGCUUCCUUUCCAUGAGAAUAGUCGUGAUUGGUUUUCGACACCGGUUGCCCUCGACUGACUCGCCAAGAAACGCUCUGAUUGGACCAUAUCCUUUUCCAGGACAAAUCGCUCCUCCCACACAGAGGACAGGUCAAAGAUGGCGUCGUUGAGGUGUUUUCUUCGAUCCGGGAAGGUAUUUAUACACUUUAAUUCAAAGUUCAGACAAUUAUAUUGUUCAAAUAAGGAUGAGACAUUAAUGAGAGCCCUUUUCUGUCUUGUCUUGUGUAGAGUGCCGUCUCGGUGGUCCUGCGAAGAGAGUUCAGCAAGACCUCUCCGGUGGCUGUGCAGGUGAGAACUAGCUAGCAUCUUUGCUAAUCUAGCUAGCUAGCUAAUAACCUUCACUGCAACUGUCAGCUGUGUUCACUACGAGCAAUUAUGUUGUUAAGAAAAGCAGUGAAUAGUUUAUAUGGUAACGCAUAGACUCAAGAAAUCAUGAAAUGUUAACCAGCUCACGGCGUAUGAUGAACGUUGUAUUCAUGUGGGAUGUCUAGGACCUGACCUUAGCCAAUAGAUCCGACCCGCUCACAAACAGCUGCACUCGGGGUUCGUAGAUUAAGACACCGCAGACCCUGCAGGAGAAAUGUUUUGGAAAACGUACCUCAAUCCACUGUUUAGAAAUGGCUUGUACUCCAAACUGUCCCAUAAUCCCAACUGUUACACCGAGAAGAUUGAACGACUUAUAGUUUUUAGGUCAACUGCCGUUUUGUCCUCAUUUUAGCUAGCAGUAGCCACAUCUGCCAUUUAUUCAAGUGUCAAAUGUAUUUAAUCUUGUAUGUAAUCAAAUCUGUCAUUUUUGAGUAGUCUGGGUCACCGUUUCGUGUAUGUCAUUUAUUGUAGUCACAUGUAUGUCAUUUUUGUAUGUAGUCAAAUGUAUGUCAUAUCUCCGCUCAAGAUACUACUGCCAUUCUGAACUGCCUAUCUUCAUCUGCUGUGGAACACCACCCCCCAUGAACACCCCCAAGAAUCCUUAACACCACCCCCCAAGAACACCCCCAAAAACCCUUAACACCACCCCCCAAGAAACCCUCAACCACCGAACACCACCCCCCAAGAACACCCCCAAGGAUCCUAACACCAUCCCCCAAGAACACCCCCAAGGAUCCUAACACCAUCCCCCAAGAACACCCCCAAGUAUCCUAACACCAUCCCCCAAGAACACAUCCAAGGAUCCUAACACCAUCCCCCAAGAACACCCCCAAGGAUCCUAACACCAUCCCCCAAGAACACCCCCAAGGAUCCUAACACCAUCCCCCAAGAACACCCCCAAGGAUCCUAACACCAUCCCCCAAGAACACCCCCAAGGAUCCUAACACCAUCCCCCAAGAACACCCCCAAGGAUCCUAACACCAUCCCCCAAGAACACCCCCAAGGAUCCUAACACCAUCCCCACUUUAUUAAAACAGCUAUGAAAUCACAUAGCGGUAGACAGAGAUGAGAGAAACAGUAUGACGUUUUGGAGAUGGGGUUGAAUCCCGGUCUCUGGUGGGGAGAAGAGUGUAUGUCUAGAGCCCGUUACUGCAGGACCCCAUUACUGCAUGACCCCGGGCUCUGCACUUGUUUUGAUCUUUUAAAGCGACUGAGAUUCUGCUUGUAAAGAAAAGCGCUAUAUAAAAUAAAUCUAUCUUUAUUGUCAAGUCAUUUUUGUAUAGUCACGUCGUGUAUGUCUCUGUUUCAGGUGAACGUCCGAGAUGCCCUCAACCAGGCCAUGGAUGAGGAGCUGGAGAGGGAUGAGCGGGUCUUCCUUCUGGGGGAGGAGGUGGCCCAGUAUGAUGGAGCUUACAAAGUAUGAAUACACAAUGACAAACUACAUGCAAAUAGGGAUGCAGAUUUCAAAAAAGUAGUUUAAAAAAUAAAUAUACACUAAACAAAAAUAUAAAUGCAACAUGUAAAGUGUUGGUCCCAUGUUUCAUGAGCUGAAAUUAAAGAUCCUAGACAUUUUCCAUAUGCACAAAAAGCUUAUUCCACCUGACAGGUGUGGCAUAUUAAACAGCAUGAUCAUUACACAGGUGCACCUUGUGCUUGGGACAAUAAAAGGCCACUCUAAAAUGUGCAGUUUUGUCACACAACACAAUGCCACAAAUGUCUAGAGUUUUGAGGGAGCGUGAGCGGUUGGCAUGUUGACUGCAGGAAUGUCCACCAGAGCUGUUGCCGGAGAAUUGAACGUUAAUUUCUCUACCAUAAGCCACCUCAAUGUAAUUUGAAAGAAUUUGGCAGUAUGUCCAACCGGCCUCACAACUGCAGACCACAUGAAAGGCGUUGUGUGGGCGAGCGGUUUGCUGAUGUCAACGUUGUGAACAGAGUGCCCCAUGGUGGGGUUAUGGUAUGGGCAGGCAACAAAAACAAUUGCAUUUUAUCGAUGGCGAUUUGAAUGCACAGAAAUACCGUGACGAGAUACAGAGGCCCUUUUUUUUUUUGAGGUAUCUGUGACCAACAGAUGCAAAUGUGUUCUCAGUCGUGAAUCCAUAGAUUAGGGCAUCAUUUAUUUAUUUAAAUUGACUGAUUUCCUCACAUGAACUCAGUAAAAUCAAUGAAAUGGUUCCAUUUAUAUUUAUGUUCAGUAUAUUUGUUCUAUGAUAUUUUCUCUAUAUUUGUUAAAUGUAUAUUUUGUAUAUGUAUUUUGUUCUAUGAUAUUAUCAUUACAAUAUAUUUGAAAUGUAUUUUGUUCAAACUGCUAAUUUUGACUACUUGAUUGGUGUUUAUUUCUCCUGACUGGUGAAUUUGUAGGUGAGCAGGGGACUGUGGAAGAAAUAUGGAGACAAGCGGAUCAUCGACACUCCGAUCACGGAGGUAAAGACACACACACUGGAAAUAAGACAACGCUGGUUUUUAUUUGUUGUUUCUGUAUGUGGCCCUAAAUGUAAUGGGGCUCUAGAACAUGUUGUGGCCCUAAAUGUAAUGGGCUCUAGAACAUGUUGUGGCCCUAAAUGUAAUGGGCUCUAGAACAUGUUGUGGCCCUAAAUGUAAUGGGGCUCUAGAACAUGUUGUGGCCCUAAAUGUAAUGGGGCUCUAGAACAUGUUGUGGCCCUAAAUGUAAUGGGCUCUAGAACAUGUUGUGGCCCUAAAUGUAAUGGGGCUCUAGAACAUGUUGUGGCCCUAAAUGUAAUGGGCUCUAGAACAUGUUGUGGCCCUAAAUGUAAUGGGGCUCUAGAACAUGUUGUGGCCCUAAAUGUAAUGGGUCUCUAGAACAUGUUGUGGCCCUAAAUGUAAUGGGGCUCUAGAACAUGUUGUAACAGAUGCAUUUUCUCCCCUUACAGAUGGGCUUUGCAGGCAUCGCCGUUGGUGCUGCAUUCGUAAGUCAAUUAGUAUUGUUAUUAUUAUUAUUAUUAUUAGUGUUAGUAUUAUUAUUAUUAUUAGUGUUAGUAGUAUUAUUAUUAUUAUUGGUGUUAGUAGUAGUAUUAUUAUUAUUAGUAGUAGUAUUAGUAGUAGUAUUAUUAUUGGUGUUAGUAGUAUUAUUAUUAUUAGUGUUAGUAGUAUUAUUAUUAUUAUUAUUGGUGUUAGUAGUAGUAUUAUUAUUAGUAGUAGUAUUAGUAGUAGUAUUAGUAUUGGUGUUAGUAGUAUUAUUAUUAUUAGUGUUAGUAGUAUUAUUAUUAUUAGUAGUAGUAUUAUUAUUAGUAGUAGUAUUAGUAGUAGUAUUAUUAUUGGUGUUAGUAGUAUUAUUAUUAUUAGUGUUAGUAGUAUUAUUAUUAUUAUUGGUGUUAGUAGUAGUAUUAUUAUUAGUAGUAGUAUUAAUAGUAGUAUUAUUAUUAGUGUUAGUAGUAUUAUUAUUAUUAGUGUUAGUAGUAUUAUUAUUAUUAUUGGUGUUAGUAGUAGUAUUAUUAUUAGUAGUAGUAUUAGUAGUAGUAUUAUUAUUGGUGUUAGUAGUAUUAUUAUUAUUAGUGUUAGUAGUAUUAUUAUUAUUAUUGGUGUUAGUAGUAGUAUUAUUAUUAGUAGUAGUAUUAGUAGUAUUAUUAUUAUUGGUGUUAGUAGUAUUAUUAUUAUUAGUGUUAGUAGUAGUAUUAUUAUUAUUAGUGUUAGUAUUAUUAGUAUUUGUAUUAUUAGUGUUAUUAUUAUUAUUAUGGCAUUUAUGGAAAUGUCCUAUUCCUAUAGAAAGUAACAUUGUACAAGCAUAUCUUCACUAACCCCUCAAAUCAAGUUUAAAUGGUAGAUUUUCCCAAACAAUUUGAAUGUCUGAUCAUGGUAGGAAGAUGAGACUUAUCAUUGUGUGCAUACUAAAUGGAACCCUAUUCCCUACGUAGUGCACUACUUUUGCCCAGAGCCUUAUGGGUCCUAGUGAACAGUAAACGAUAUAGGACUCAGCCAUCUUCUCCCCCUGUGUUUCCAGGCAGGGCUGAGGCCGAUCUGUGAGUUCAUGACCUGGAACUUCUCCAUGCAAGCCAUCGACCAGGUGAUCAACUCAGCUGCUAAGACCUACUACAUGUCAGCCGGAGCGCAGCCUGUCCCCAUUGUGUUCCGCGGCCCCAACGGCUCCUCCGCAGGUAAAUAAACAAACAUCAAUGCCAGUGUUUCCCAAUCCGGGUCCUGGGGACUCAAGGGUGCACAUUUUAGUUUUUGCCCCAGCACUAACACACCUGUUAACAAACAAAAUGAAAAUGAAAUGAUUUAGUUGAAUUAAGUGUCUUAGUGCUAGGGCACAAACACAGACGUGCAUCCCUUUGGGUCCCCAGGACCAGGAUUGGGUAACAGACACCAGAGCUCCUUUUUUUAUUUUCUUUCUGGGAUAGUUGUAAUGUCCUGUUAUUUUGGUUCCUCUGUCUGCAGGCGUUGCAGCCCAACACUCCCAGUGCUUCGCUGCCUGGUACGGCCACUGCCCCGGCCUCAAAGUAGUCAGCCCCUGGAACUCCGAGGACGCCAGAGGUCUCCUCAAAGCAUCUAUCAGAGACGAUAACCCUGGUGAGCAAUAACCUGCAUCCCAAAUGGCACCCUAUUCCCUAUAUAGCACACUACUUUUGGGGGACUAGGGUCCAUUUUGCCUUUCCAUGAUUCCUUGCAGAAGGUGGUCCCAGGUCGAGGAUGAGGGGGAUCACUGUAGAUCUGCUGAUGUCCUGUAGUGUAGAUGAGGGGAUCACUGUAGAUCUGAUGAUGUCCUGUAGUGUAGAUGAGGGGGAUCACUGUAGAUCUGCUGAUGUCCUGUAGUGUAGAUGAGGGGGAUCACUGUAGAUCUGAUGAUGUCCUGUAGUGUAGAUGAGGGGAUCACUGUAGAUCUGCUGAUGUCCUGUAGUGUAGAUGAGGGGAUCACUGUAGAUCUGCUGAUGUCCUGUAGUGUAGAUGAGGGGGAUCACUGUAGAUCUGAUGAUGUCCUGUAGUGUAGAUGAGGGGAUCACUGUAGAUCUGCUGAUGUCCUGUAGUGUAGAUGAGGGGGAUCACUGUAGAUCUGCUGAUGUCCUGUAGUGUAGAUGAGGGGAUCACUGUAGAUCUGCUGAUGUCCUGUAGUGUAGAUGAGGGGAUCACUGUAGAUCUGCUGAUGUCCUGUAGUGUAGAUGAGGGGAUCACUGUAGAUCUGCUGAUGUCCUGUAGUGUAGAUGAGGGGGAUCACUGUAGAUCUGCUGAUGUCCUGUAGUGUAGAUGAGGGGAUCACUGUAGAUCUGCUGAUGUCCUGUAGUGUAGAUGAGGGGAUCACUGUAGAUCUGCUGAUGUCCUGUAGUGUAGAUGAGGGGGAUCACUGUAGAUCUGCUGAUGUCCUGUAGUGUAGAUGAGGGGAUCACUGUAGAUCUGCUGAUGUCCUGUAGUGUAGAUGAGGGGGAUCACUGUAGAUCUGCUGAUGUCCUGUAGUGUAGAUGAGGGGAUCACUGUAGAUCUGAUGAUGUCCUGGGGUGUAGAUGAGGGGGAUCGCUGUAGAUCUGCUGAUGUCCGGUGGUAUAGACAUUUAAGUUCCUGUGCUGUAACCAUGGUGACGCUUGCUAAUCAAAACCCUUUUAUUUAUUUUUUCUCCCAACAGUGGUGUUCCUGGAGAAUGAGUUGAUGUAUGGUGUUCCCUUCGAGCUGUCUGAGGAGGUCAUGCAUAAAGACUUUGUCGUACCUAUUGGAAAGGCCAAGGUGGAAAGACAAGGUAAGAGGCGGCAGGUGGCUUAGUGGUUAAGAGCGUUGUGCCAGUAACCGAAAGGUCGCUGGUUCUAAUCCCCGAGCCGACUAGGUGAAAAAUCUGUCGAUGUGCCCUUGAGCUCCUGUAAGUCGCUCUGGAUAAGAGCGUCUGCUAAAUGACUGAAAUGUAAAUGUCAGUAAUAAGAGCUGGAGAAAAGGAAUGUUUAUUCGAUUUUUUAAAAUAAUGUAAAUGUAAAUUGUAACAUCCUCUGUUAUAACAUUGAGAGAAUUUCAUUGAGAAUUUAAUUGAGAUAAUUGAGAAUUUCAUUGUGAAAGAUAAUUGAGAAUUUCAUUGAAAAUAGCUUCAGAUGUAGCAUUGUUGGUAAACACACAUUUUUCAUUAUGGCUUAUUGAGAUCUACAUAAGCUGCGUCCCAAAUCUGGUCUAAAGUAGUGCACUAUAGGGAAUAGGGUGCAAUUUGGGAUACAGUCAGUGUUACAGAUAGAUACAGUGCCUUCAGAAAGUAUUCACACCCAUUGACUUUUUCCACAUUUUGUUGUUACAGCCUGAAUUUAAAAUUGAUUAAAUUUAGAUUGUGUCACUGGCCUACACACAAUACACCAUAAUGUCAAAGGGGAAUUAUGUUUUUAUUUUUACAUAUUCAUUAAAAAUUAAAAGCUGAAAUGUCUUGAGUCAAUAAGUAUUCAACCCCUUUGUUAUGGCAAGCCUAAAUAAGUUCAGGAGUAAAAAUGUGCUUAACAAGUCACAUAAGUUAUGGGUGCAAUAAUAGUGUUUAAUAAUUAUUUUUGAACGACUACCUCAUCUCUGUACCCCACACAUACAAUGAUCUGUAAGGUCCCUCAGUCGAGCAGUGAAUUUCAAACACGGAUUCAACCACAAAGACCAGGGAGGUUUUCCAAUGCCUCGCAAAGAAGGGCACCUAUUUGUAGAUGGGUAAACAUUUAAAAAAGCCGACAUUGAAUAUCCCUUUGAGCAUGGUGAAGUUAAUAAUUACACUUUGGAUGGUGUAUCAAUACACCCAGUCACUACAAAGAUACAGGCAACCUUCAUAACUUGAACAAUUCUGAAAAGAAUAAUGGGCAAAUGUUGCAGAAUCCAGGUGUGGAAAUCUCUUAGAGACUUACCCAGAAAGACUCACAGCUGUAAUCGCUGCCAAGGGUGCUUUUUACAAAGUAUUGACUCAAGGGUGUGAAUACAUACAGUGAGGUGAAAAAAGUAUUUGAUCCCCUGCUGAUUUAGUAAUUUUAAUGGUAGGUUUAUUUGAACAGUGAGAGACAGAAUAACAACAAAAAAAUGUCAAAAACACAUGUCAAAAAUGUUAUAAAUUGAUUUGCAUUUUAAUGAGGGAAAUAAGUAUUUGACCCCUCUGCAAAACAUGACUUAGUACUUGGUGGCAAAACCCUUGUUGGCAAUCACAGAGGUCAGACGUUUCUUGUAGUUGGCCACCAGGUUUGCACAACUCUCAGGAGGGAUUUUGUCCCACUCCUCUUUGCAGAUCUUCUCCAAGUCAUUAAGGUUUCAAGGCUGACAUUUGGCAACUCGAACCUUCUGCUCCCUCCACAGAUUUUCUAUAGGAUUAAGGUCUGGAGACUGGCUAGGCCACUCCAGGACCUUAAUGUGCUUCUUCUUGAGCCACUCCUUUGUUGCCUUGGCCGUGUUUUUUGGGUCAUUGUCAUGCUGGAAUACCCAUCCACGACCCAUUUUCAAUGCCCUGGCUGAGGGAAGGAGGUUCUCACCCAAGAUUUGACGGUACAUGGCCCCGUCCAUCGUCCCUUUGAUGCGGUGAAGUUGUCCUGUCCCCUUAGCAGAAAAACACCCCCAAAGCAUAAUGUUUCCACCUCCAUGUUUGACGGUGGGGAUGGUGUUCUUGGGGUCAUAGGCAGCAUUCCUCCUCCUCCAAACAUGGUGAGUUGAGUUGAUGCCAAAGAGCUCGAUUUUGGUCUCAUCUGACCACAACACUUUCACCUCGUUCUCCUCUGAAUCAUUCAGAUGUUCAUUGGCAAACUUCAGACGGCCCUGUAUAUGUGCUUUCUUGAGCAGGGGGACCUUGCGGGCGCUGCAGGAUUUCAGUCCUUCACUGCGUAGUGUGUUACCAAUUGUUUUCUUGGUGACUAUGGUCCCAGCUGCCUUGAGAUCAUUGACAAGAUCCUCCCGUGUAGUUCUGGGCUGAUUCCUCACCGUUCUCAUGAUCAUUGCAACUCCACGAGGUGAGCUCUUGCAUGGAGCCCCAGGCCGAGGGAGAUUGACAGUUAUUUUUCCAUUUGCGAAUAAUCGCACCAACUGUUGUCACCUUCUCACCAAGCUGCUUGGCGAUGGUCUUGUAGCCCAUUCCAGCCUUGUGUAGGUCUACAAUCUUGUCCCUGACAUCCUUGGAGAGCUCUUUGGUCUUGGCCAUGGUGGAGAGUUUGGAAUCUGAUUGAUUGAUUGCUUCUGUGGACAGGUGUCUUUUAUACAGGUAACAAGCUGAGAUUAGGAGCACUCCCUUUAAGAGUGUGCUCCUAAUAUCAGCUCGUUACCUGUAUAAAAGACACCUGGGAGCCAGAAAUCUUUCUGAUUGAGAGGGGGUCAAAUACUUAUUUCCCUCAUUAAAAUGCAAAUCAAUUUAUAACAUUUUUGACAUCCGUUUUUCUGGAUUUUUUUGUUUUUAUUCUGUCUCUCACUGUUCAAAUAAACCUACCAUUAAAAUUAUAGACUGAUCAUGUCUUUGUCAGUGGGCAAACUUACAAAAUCAGCAGGGGAUCAAAUACUUUUUUCCCUCACUGUAUGUUAAUUAUUUCUGUGUUUUCUUUUUAAAUACAUUUGCCAUUUGUCAGUAUUGUGUGUAGAUGGGUGAGGAAAUAAUAUAUUUUGAAUUCAGGCUGUAACCCAACAGAAUGUGGAAUAGGUCCAGGUAGGACUACUUUCUGAAGGCACUGUACAAAAUGUUGUACUCAACCAUUGUGUGUUUUUCGUCAGGAACUCACAUCACUCUAGUGUCACAUUCCCGGUGUGUGGGUUUCUGCCUGGACGCAGCGGCCUUCCUGGCUAAAGAGGGAGUUGAAUGUGAGGUGAGUGUCGCCUUUAGGUAUGUGUUCAAAAACAACAGAUUUGUAUUAACUUUUAACCUCUAGAAACUCCCACUGCGCUUGCUGAAGUUUUGACUAUGGUUGAAUACAUACAUCUACGCUUGUAAAUACGGUCUGGAUUGAGGUUCGAGUCAGGCGAUUUUGUAUUUAAAUUUCAAAGUUUGAAAUUGUACAUGUGUCCUACGGUGGUGUAGCAGUCCCAAGCCACUGCUUCUGGAGCACAUGGACAUUGGAACGCUGCCAGCAUCAGUUCAAUCCGUCUCACUGCUCUUUCAGUGCUCUCUCUUACCUAUCACCUCUCGAUCUAAUAGAUGUACAAAAGACUUCCGUUGUUUUUUUGUUUUUUUCUUUUAAAAGUUCUGUCCCCUUCCCCUUGCCAGGUGGUUAAUCUGCGCACUAUAAGGCCUCUGGAUGUGGACACCAUUGAGGCCAGUGUGAUCAAGACCGGCCAUCUGGUCACAGUGGAGGGGGGCUGGCCCCAGUACGGAGUGGGGGCUGAGAUCUGUGCCAGGAUCAUGGAGGGUACGUUCUCUUGAUUUAUACAUUACGGACUGGUUUCCCGGACGCAGAUUAAGCCUAAUCUUGGACUAGAGUAUUUCCAAUGGAGAUUCGCUUGCUUUUUAGUCCAGGGCUUUAUCUGUCUGGGAAACCAGCCUUCAAGCUGUCAUUGUUGUGUGACACAUGCACUGCAGCCAUAACACCAUGCAUCCCCAUGCUGGCUUUUCUCUGAAGGCUACGUUGGGCCUGGGUAAACAUGGGCGAACUAGAUGGAAUGCUUCCUGGGAAGAUCAGGUUGCUGCUGAGAGUGGUGUUGGAGGGCCAGUACAGGUCUCCUUCUGGUGUUGGAGGGCCAAUACACGCAUGGGAAUAAUAUAAACGUAACAUGUAAAGUGUUGGUCCCAUGUUUCAUGAGCUGAAAUAAAAGAUCCCUGACAAUUUCCAUACGCACAUAAAGCUUAUUUCUCCCAAAUGAUGUGCACAAAUUUGUUUACAUCCCUGUUAGUGAGCAUUUCUCCUUUGCCAAGAUAAUCCAUCCACCUGACAGGUGUGGCAUAUCAAGAAGCUGAUUAAACAGCUUGAUCAUUACAUUACACAGGUGCACCUUGUGCUGGGGAUAAUAAAAGGCCACUCUAAAAUGUGCAGUUUUGUAACACAACACAAUGUCUCAAGUUUUGAGGGAGCGUGCAAUUGGCAUGCUGACUGCAGGAAUGUCCACCAGAGCUGUUGCCAGAGAAUUGAAUGUUAAUUUCUCUACCAUAAGCCGCCUCCAACGUCGUUUUGGAGAAUUUGUCAGUACGUCCAACUGGCCUCACAACCACGUGUAUGGCGUUGUGUGGGCGAGCGGUUUGCUGAUGUCAACGUUGUGAACAGAGUGCCCCAUGGUGGCGGUCGGGUUAUGGUAUGGGCAGGCAUAAGCUACGGACAACAAACACAAUUGCGUUUUAUCGAUGGCAAUUUCAAUGCACAGAGAUAACGUGACGAGAUCCUGAGGCCCUUUUUUUUUUUUUAAAGGUAUCUGUGACCAACAGAUGCAUAUCUGUAUCAUGUGAAAUCAAUAGAUUAGGGCCUAAUGAAUGUAUAUUUAAAUUGACUGAUUCCCUCAGUAAAAUCAUUGAAAUGGUUGCAUGUUGCGUUUUAUAUUUUUGUUCAGUGUAGUAGGAAUACAUGCAUGUGAAUAUAAACUGAGCAAAAAAAGAAACGUCCCUUUUUCAGGACCCUAUCUUUCAAAGAUAAUUCGUAAAAAUCCAAAUAACUUCACAGAUCAUCAUUGUAAAGGGUUUAAACACUGUUUCCCAUGCUUGUUCAAUGAACCAUAAACAAUUAAUGAACAUGCACCUGUGGAACGGUCAUUAAAACACUAACAGCUUACAGACGGUAGGCAAUUAUGGUCACAGUUAUGAAAACUUAGGGCACUAAAGAGGCCUUUCUACUGACUCUGAAAAACACCAAAAGAAAGACGCCCAGGGUCCCUGCUCAUCUGCGUGAACGUGCCUUAGGCAUGUUGCAAGGAGGCAUGAGGACUGCAGAUGUGGCCAGGGCAAUAUGUUGCAAUGUCCGUACUGUGAGAUGCCUAAGACAUUGCUACAGGGAGACAGGACGGACAGCUGAUCGUCCUCGUAGUGGCAGACCACGUGUAACAACACCUGCAAAGGAUUGGUACAUCCGAACAUCACACCUGCGGGACAGGUACAGGAUGGCAACAACAACUGCCCGAGUUACACCAGAAACACACAAUCCCUCCAACAGUGCUCAGACUGUCCGCUAUAGGCUGAGAGAGGCUGGACUGAGGGCUUGUAGGCCUGUUGUAAGGCAGGUCCUCACCAGACAUCACCGGCAACAACGUCACCUAUGGGCACAAACCCACCAUCGCUGGACCAGACAGGACUGGCAAAAAGUGCUCUUCACUGACGAGUCACGAUUUUGUCUAUGGUGAUGGUCGGAUUCUCGUUUAUCGUCAAAGGAAUGAGCGUUACACCGAGGCCUGUACUCUGGAGCGGGAUCGAUUUGGAGGUGGAGGGUCCAUCAUGGUCUGGGGCGGUAUGUCACAGCAUCAUCGGACUGAGCUUGUUGUCAUUGCAGGCAAUCUCGACGCUGUCAUGUGAUACCCUUCCUGCCGGCUCAUCCUGACAUGACCCUCCAGCAUGACAAUGCCACCAGCCAUACUGCUCGUUCUGUGCGUGAUUUCCUGCAAGACAGGAAUGUCAGUGUUCUGCCAUGGCCAGCGAAGAGCCCGGAUCUCAAUCCCAUUGAGCAUGUCUGGGACCUGUUGGAUCGGAGGGUGAGGGCUAGGGCCAUUCCCCCCAGAAAUGUCUGGGAACUUGCAGGUGCCUUGGUGAAAGAGUGGGGUAACAUCUCACAGCAAGAACUGGCAAAUCUGGUGCAGUCCAUGAGGAGGAGAUGCACUGCAGUGCUUAAUGCAGCUGGUGGCCACACCAGAUACUGACUGUUACUUUUGAUUUUGACCCCCCCUUUGUUCAGGGACACAUUAUUCAAUUUCUGUUAGUCACAUGUCUGUGGAACUUGUUCAGUUUGUCUGUUGUUGAAUCUUAUGUUCAAACAAAUAUUUACACAUGUUAAGUUUGCUGAAAAUAAACGCAGUUGACAGUGAGAGGACGUUGUUUUUUUUGCUGAGUUUAUAAGUAUUCAGACCACUUCCCUUUUCCACAUUUUAUGUUACAGCCUUAUUCUAAAAUUGAUUAAAUCAUUUUUUUCCCUUAUCUAUCUUCACACAAUACCCCAUAUUGACAAAGAAAAAACUGGUUUUUAGAAGUUGUUGUAAAUGUAUUAAAAAUAAAACAGAUACCUUAUUUACAUAAGCAUUCAGACCCUUUGCUAUGAGACUUGAAAUUGAGCUCCAGUGCAUCCUGUUUCCAUUGAUCAUCCUUCAGAUGUUUCUACAACUUGAUUGGAGUCCACCUGUGGUCAAUUCAAUUGAUUGGACAUUAUUUGGAAAGGCACACACCUGUCUAUAUAAGGUCCCACAGUUGACGGUGCAUGUCAGAGCAAGAACCAAGCCAUGAGGUCGAAGGAAUUCUCCGUGGAGCUCCGAGACAGGAUUGUGUCGAGGCACAGAUCUGGUGAAGGGUACCAAAAAAUAUCUGCAACAUUGAAGGUCCCCAAGAACACAGUGGCCAUUCUUAAAUGGAAGAGGUUUGGAACUACCAAGACUCUUCCUAGAGCUGGCCGCCCGGCCAAACUGCGCAAUCGGGGGAGAAGGGCCUUGGUCAGGGAUGUGACCAAGAACUUGAUGGUCACUGACAGAGCUCUAGAGUUCCUCUGUGGAGAUGGGAGAACCUUCCAGAAGGACAACCAUCUCUGCAGCACUCCACCAAUCAGGCCUUUAUGGUAGAGUGGCCAGACGGAAGCCACUCCUCAGUAAAAGGCACAUGACAGCUCGCUUGGAGUUUGCCAAAAGGCACCUAAAGGACUUUCAGACCAUGAGAAACAAGAUUAUCUGGUCUGAUGAAACCAAGAUUGAGCUCUUUGGCUUGAAUGCCAAGUGUCACGUCUGGAGGAAACCUGGCACCAUCCAUACGGUGAAGCAUGGUGGUGGCAGCAUCAUGCUGUGGGGAUGUUUUUCAGCAGCAGGGACUGGGAGACUAUUUAGGAUCGAGGGAAAGAUGAAUGGAGCAAAGUACAGAGAGAUCCUUGAUGAAAACCUGCUCCAGAGCGCUCAGAACCUCAGACUGGGGCGAAGGUUCACCUUCCAACAGGACGACGACCCUAAGCACACAGCCAAGACAACGCAGGAGUGGCUUCAGGACAAGUCUCUGAAUGUCCUAGAGUGGCCCAACCAGAGCCCGGACUUGAACCUGAUCGAACAUCUCUGGAGAGACCUGAAAAUAGCUGUGCAGCGACGCUCCCCAUCCAAUCUGACAGAGCUUGAGAGGAUAUGCAGAGAAGAAUGGGAGAAACUCCCCAAAUACAGGUGUGCCAAGCUUGUAGCGUCAUACCCAAGAAGACUUGAGGCUGUAAUCGCUGGCGAAGGUGCUUCGACAAAGUACUGAGUAAAGGGUCUGAACACUUACGUAAAAUAUAUUUAUUUGUGAUAUUUCCGUUUUUUUAUUGUUAAUACAUUUGCAAACGUGUUUUUGCUUUGUCAUUAUUGUGUGUAGAUUGAAGAGAGAAAAAUACAACAUUUAAUCAAUUUUAGAAUAAGGCUGUAACGUAACAAAAUGUGGAAUAAGUCAAGGGGUCUGAAUACUUUCCGAAAUGCACUGUACAUGGGAAUGCAUGCAUGGGGAAAGUGUUUUGUAAGAGUUAACAAUUUUUAAAAAGCAUGAAAUGUAUACAAGUCAUUCUCAGGUUUAUGUUAAUGAUGAUCCAUCUGUCCUGUUUCCAGGGCCAGCCUUCAACUACCUGGACGCCCCUGCUGUCAGAGUGACUGGUGUAGACAUCCCAAUGCCAUACGCUAAGAUCCUGGAGGACCACAGUGUACCUCAGAUCAAAGGGAAAUCAUCUUCUCAGUCCAAGAAGGUCUUGAAUAUGGUAAACAUACCAAUGUAGCCCUCCCUCUUCC